GCAUUUUUCUCCUUACCUUUUCCUGAUACUUCACUCACUGCUGGAGAAGCCCAGAACACAAAGGAGAAGCCAUGAGGAACACACUGCUGAGGAUGCUGGCCGCCCUGAUGUGUGCGCUGGCUGUCUGCGCUGAUGUCACACCUGUGCAAGACUUCGACCUGGCGAAGAUGGCAGGCAAGUGGUACAUUGUCGGCUUUGCCACCAACGCCGAGUGGUUUGUGAACCACAAGGCAGGAAUGAAGAUGGGCACCGCUAUAUUAGUGCCAACUGAGGGAGGAGACCUGGACCUCUCUUAUGCCAACCUGAAUGCUGAUGGUACCUGCUGGAGAAUGACUCACCUUGCUAAGAAAACCGAGACUCCUGGAUGCUUCACCUUCCACAGCCAGGCGUGGAACAACGACAACGACAUGCGCAUUGUUGACGUUCAGUAUGACGACUACGCUCUGGUCCACACGAUCAAGACAAAGGACGGAGUGUCUGAGGUCCUCAACAAGCUUUACAGUCGCACUGCAGAGGCCAGUGACGUCCUGCAGCAGAAGUUCACACAGCUGUCCUUGGACACUAGCAUCCUCCCCGAGAACACUGUCAUCUUGCCUAAGAACGCUGAGUGUCCCGAGGUCUGAAGAGUCCCCUGCUGUCUUACAUCCUUUAUUUCUCACUCUCUGAAGUCCCAGGCUUUCAUCUCAGAAUAAAAUCCUAUUUUCCCCCCUCACUGUGAAACAUAAGCAUUUUACUCCGAUCCCUGCUGCAUACCAAAGAGCAACGCUGAUCCUCGUUCAACUUCUGCAUUAAUUGUGGCAUCAGAGUGGAACAACAAAGAGCUGAUUGUGAAACAAAGGGAAUGAAAACACGAGACUGUGAAAGCUGAUCGUUUGCCUUUUGGACGAGCGUCUCUUUUGUAACUGCUGAUUGUCUUUCGUAGCAUUUUACCUUUAGCUGAAAUAAACUCAAAGCCAGUAAAAAUAAUAAA